CAAUGCUACACCUUUUCAGUAAGCAUAGAAAAGCUAUUCUUACUACUUGUUCCUUUACCACUACUGCCUUUUUAUUUGUACAUUCAAUUCAUCAACCUUCUAAUAUUGUUAUGGCUCAGCCAAGUGAAGCUUCGUCUGUUGGACUCAAAAACAAAGACCACCACAAAGGAACUGGAUUUCAUAAUCCUUGGCCUUCUUUCACUGAACACGGUAUAAUAUCCAUUAUCAAAGCCAUAAGUGGUAUGAACUUGUCCAAGGUAGUGACGCAAGCUCAACCUCAACAUCUUCCGGAAAAAGUUAAUAUGGAUUGGAAUCUCUUACGAUCAAAUAAGACUGACAAGAAUGGAACUAUCGUCGUUACUUGGUUAGGACAUGCUUGUGCUUUGGUACAAGUGAAUGGUUUUAAUGUCUUGUUUGAUCCUAUUUUCUCAUGCAGAUGCUCACCUGUCCAAUUCGUUGGACCAAAACGAUACACUGAAGCACCAUGUGAUUUUGAAGACUUGCCAAAAAUUGAUGCUGUUGUGAUUUCGCAUAAUCAUUAUGAUCAUUUGGAUUUGGGAACAAUACAAUCGUUGACUACUAAAAAUCCUGAUACAAGAUUUUUCGUUCCUCUAGGCAAUAAAGAUUGGUUUGGACAGAUCAGCAAACAAAAAACAACAUCUGGACAAGAUCGAGUGGUAGAACUUGAUUGGUGGGAAUCAUCAACACUUGAUAUAUCGUCUUCUAGCAACAAUCAACUCAAACUGACUUGUACACCUUGUCAACACUUCUCUGGAAGAGGACUUCGGGAUCGAAACAAAACUCUAUGGGCCUCUUGGUGUGUAGAAGGGAUUCAUAAUGGUACUAGUACAAAAGGGAAGAUCUUUUUUGGUGGUGAUACUGGAUACCGUACCGUCCCCGCGACUGCUGGACCUGAAAAAGAAUAUGAUGAAGAUUACUUGGAAACCUUACCACAUUGUCCAGCCUUUAAGGAAAUUGGAAAUACAAUUGGUCCUUUUGAUGUUGCUUUGAUUCCAAUAGGAGCUUACAGUCCACGUUGGUUUAUGUCAGCGGUACAUUGCUCGCCUGAAGAUGCUGUCAGAGUUCAUGAAGAUAUCAAAAGCAAGCAUUCAAUUGGCAUUCAUUGGGGUACUUUUGCUCUGACUGACGAACCUGUACAAGAACCUCCUCAACGAUUACAAGUGGCACUGCAAAAACGAGGACAUUCAACCGAUGAUUUCAAUGUACUGAAACUAGGUGAAAGUUACGUUGUUACUGAUAUUCAAGCUUAGAAUAGUGUAUGUAGAUUGAUAUGUGGUGGCAUUAGAAUACCUUUUUAGAUUUAUUUUAAUAAUAAAAAAAGACGAUGUAUCA